CCAUGGGAAUCCCUUCCCUGCUUUUGGGUUGACCUCAUUAUGAAGCCCUCCUGAGCGAUGCCCUGGGCUGGCCUAAUCCCAACCCAGCGUUUCUAACGGGAAGUUUGUCAGGAGUUUUCUUUGAUCCUCUCCAGUCCCACUGCAGUUCCCUGCAGCCGGCCGGUGUCCGAGUUCCUCACUUUUGGCUUCAGGAUUCCCCACAGAGAUCUUCCUUGAGUAUCUUAGCAUCCUUUGGGCUAGAUUGGAGUGCAGAGAUGACAGCAAUGGUGCAUCAUCACAUGAAGUUUUCAAGAAGAGAUUAGGUGUCCACUGUCCAGAAUGGCAUAGGGCUGUGAUGACAGAUCUAUGGCACAUGUGCCAGAGGUGGCACCAGAGCCAUAUUGACUGGCACCUUCAGGCCUGUUUCGGAAGAGGAGCAGGCUUUGCGGACUAAACUCGAGCGGCUGACCACCAGCGACCAUGGUCCUGUGUUUGGGAAGCAUGAGAAGAUCCCUGCACACACCCUGCAGAAGGAAGAACUCUGAUGCUGCAUCCAGAUUUCAGGCUAAAGAUGAAUUGAACGAGACCUCAGAGAAACGUGAAUUAGCAAUCAAAGAGCUUCAGGAGCUUAUCCAGGAGAAAGCUAAAGAUGGCGACGACAUUUGCAAAGCGGUUGCUGAGAAAAUGCAGGGGAAGGAAGAAGCUUUCCUCCUCCGUUUCAUACGUGCCCGCAAGUUUGAUAUCAGCAGAGCUUAUGAUUUGAUUAAAGGUUACGUCAACUUCCGUCAGCAGUAUCCAGAACUCUUUGAAAACCUGGUGCCCGAGGCAGUACGGUGUACCAUUGAGGCUGGCUACCCUGGCAUUUUGUGCAACAGGGAUAAAUACGGUCGAGUGGUACUACUGUUCAACAUACAGAACUGGGAUUAUGAAGAGAUCACGUUUGACGAGAUCCUCCGUGCCUACUGCGUGAUCUUGGAGAAGCUGCUGGAGAACGAGGAAACUCAAAUCAACGGCUUCUGUAUCGUUGAGAACUUCAAGGGAUUCACCAUGCAGCAAGCUUACGGUAUCAAGCCUUCUGAGCUGAAGAAAAUGGUGGACAUGCUACAGGAUUCCUUUCCAGCUCGAUUCAAGGCCAUUCAUUUCAUUCACCAGCCUUGGUAUUUUACCACCACCUACAAUGUUGUCAAACCAUUCCUGAAGAACAAGCUUCUGGAAAGGGUCUUCGUGCACGGAGAUGAACUUGCCACCUUCUUUCAAGAGAUAGAUGCUGAUAUCUUGCCGGCUGAUUUUGGAGGCAACCUGCCCCGAUACGAUGGCAAAAUGAUCGCCGAGAAGCUUUUUGGGGUCUGGAUGGACACUGAAGACACAACUCUCUAAAAAUGAACAGUCCGAGGGGGAAGAUCAGCCUCCGUUUUUUCUUUGAAAUGCAGUGCAGUGUAGUUCUCAACAUAUAACCCAGAUUAGGACCAGAAUUUC